AUUAUUUAAUUAAAGAAAAUAUUAUUAAUGAUAAUUUAAAAGUUAAUUAUUAUAUGAAUGAAGAAAAAAGAAGGUUGAGUACAAUAUUGAGCUUCUUAGAGGCUCACUGUCGAAGUUACUUUCAUAUCCAAGAAAUUGGAUAUAAAUAUUCUAAAAUGAAUAAUAUAGGAGAUCUAGAUGAAUGGAAAAAGCGGAGAUAUGUGGAGGAUCUUAUUUGGUUUCAAGAGGUAAAUGAAAUUUGUGAGGAAUAUGGUGUGAA